AUGCCGUCUCCCCCUCUCCCUGCAGCCUGUGGGAUCCAGGCCAGCCCAUCUCCCUGGAGAUCAGUGCAGGAGUCUGCGGCCACAGACCAGUUUCUGUGGGUGGUGGCACUGCAGGACAUGCAGCGCAAUGUCCUGGCCUUCGGCUCCAUCCUGAGUGAGCACUGGACCCUCAACACUGCAUCCAGCCUGCAGAGCAGGGCUGUGCCCUGCAAGGGGCCCUGCCUCACCCCGGGCAAGCCCCAGUAUUUGAUCAGCUAGCUCAUCCCCCAUGAGGACUUUGACAAGGUGACGCUCUACAACAACGUCACUCUGCUCAGGACAGCCGUCCCUCUGGAGUCCAGCAGUAUUGUUCAGCCCUUCUGCUUCCCCCACGGGAGCCUCUCUGCCUCGGACCUCGGUGACCAUCUCCCUGCAGGCCUGCAGGUGCUGCUCCUGGACCCUGGACCUCUCCUGCUGCCAGGGCCUCCGAGGGCCUUUGAUGUGGCCAGGGUCAAAGAUGCUCAGGAGGCAAAACCACAAGAGGGUGAUGCUGGCAACCCCAUCAUGUGCCAGAUUAGAGGGACUGAGAAAUGGGUCCUGAAAGACAUUCUCAGUGAGGGUGGCAUAAGAUGCUACAGACUGUUCCUGUACACCCCAGUGUCCUACUACAGUGACUGGAUCUUGGCCACCACUGAGAGGACAAGACCUCCCGCAUUCCCCAUGCUAGUCAGGGUGCAAGCUGAUCUGCAGGCUCCACCCAAAGACUGGGAAGAGGCUUCCAGGCCAGCAGUGAGGAUAUUUCAGGAAGUUGGUAAAUGA